CGCGCGGUAUAAAUGUGGACUGCGGCGCUGCAGGAGUCACUGACAGCCGUCAGCCUCCCACAGCACAACACAGCUCCGGCAACAUGAAGCUGGUGAUCCUGCUCUGUCUGGUGGCCUCUGCCGUCGCUGGCUACGGCGGGAGGUACGGCUACGGCGGGAGGUACGGCUACGGCAGCUAUGGAGGGUACGGCGGCUACGGAAGGCUGGGCGGCCUCGGCUUCGGCGGCUUUGGAGGCUCCAGCAGCCUCGGGGGCCUGGGACGGCUGAGAAGUUACUACGGCGGUCUCCGGGGAUACGGUGCUCUUGGCGGUCUCGGCCAAGGCAGCUUCGUCGGCUUCAGCGGACUGGGUGGAUUCAGCAGCCUGGGAGGAUACGGCGGACUGGGAGGAUACGGCAGCUUCGGCAGCUACGGCGGACUGGGCGGAUUCAGCAGCCUGGGAGGACUGGGCGGAUACAGCGGACUGGGAGGAUUCGGCGGAUAUGGAGGACUGGGUGGAUACGGCGGACUGGGAGGAUUCGGCAGACUGGGCGGAUUCAGCAGCCUGGGCGGUGGAUACGGCAGACUGGGAGGACUGGGCGGAUACGGAGGACUGGGAGGAUUCGGCAGGCAGGGCGGAUUCAGCAGCCUGGGAGGAUACGGCGGAUAUGGAAGACUGGGUGGAUACGGCGGACUGGGAGGAUUCGGCAGACUGGGCGGAUUCAACAGCCUGGGCGGUGGAUACGGCAGACUGGGAGGACUGGGCGGAUACGGAGGACUGGGAGGAUUCGGCAGGCAGGGCGGAUUCAGCAGCCUAGGCGGUGGAUACGGCAGACUGGGAGGAUUCGGCGGCUCCUACGGAGGACUAGGAGGAAUCUCGAGUGUGAAGGCGGCCGGUACUCCUGUCAACGUAUACACCCAGACUGCGGUGCUGAGACCGGGCUACGGCUAUCUUGGAGGCUUCGGAGGUCUCACUGGAGGCUACGGAGGUCUGACCGGAGGUUUCGGAGGCCUUGGUGGAGGCUACAGAGGCUUGGCUGCUGGGGGCUUUGGAGGCCUAGGUGGAGGUUUCGGAGGCCUGACUGGAGGCUACGGAGGCCUUGUAGGUUACAGUGGUCUCGGAGGGUACCGCGGCGGCUCGUACCUCGGCGGAGGGUACCGCGGCGGCUCGUACCUCGGCGGAGGGUACAGUAGUCUCGGAGGGCACCGCGGUGGCCUUGGGGGAGGCUCCUACCUCGGCGGAGGGUACGCGGGCUCGGGUCGCUAUGGUGGAUUCUACCACUGAUGUUCCGCUGCAAUGAUUUAGGUAAUGCUUCGUGCACAGUCACAGCUUGUGUGUGUCACUCUUGUCCUUGUGUCCGAUGAUAAUGGUACUGUCGGUCAUAGUAGGCACUCGUAGAUAAUAUAUGUUUCAGCUU